UCCAAUGAUUUCUUUGGGAAACGACUACUACUAAUCUAUAGACUCUACUGCUUAAACUACUAUCUAUGCCCAUGAGUGUCUAGCAUUCAGCCACUCACUCAGUAUUGGCAGUCGGCAACGGCACAGUCUGGCAGUCGUAAACACGAGGCCCAGGAAACGUUCUUCAGAACAACGAUGUUGACUCCAAAGUUUUCGUUGUCACAAGACAAUGAUUUUUUAUUCAUAAACAUAUAUGCUCCACAUCUAAAAGUGAAAGAAGCAGAGUGUCAUGUUAACGAUGAUGAAGUGCAUUUUUACUGCCAGCCGUACUAUCUUCGUUUGCACUUGCCUGGCAAAGUAGUUGAAAAUGAACGGUCAAAAUCGACAUACGACGCUGACACAGGCUGGCUUGCCUUGAGUCUUCCAAAGCAACACCGUGGGGAAUAUUUUGAAAAUUUGGAUAUGUUGACUAAGCUUUUAACUCCCAAAAGUUCAUCCUAUGUGAGUGCGCAGGUUGAAGUGUUAGAGUCUGGAGUUGUUAAAGUGGAGGCCGGGAGUGCAGAAGUACAAUCAGGACAAGGUAACGGGAAAGAUGAAAGUGAUCGUGAAACUGGGAAGGAUGAAGGUGAAAGUGAAGGCACUGGUGAUGUUGACGAGUCUUCUGAAUUUGAUUGGUAUAUUGAACAGACCCCUGUCAAUGAUGAGGAAUCUGCUUCUUCACUUUUGGGGGGUAUUUGUUACGGAUUCGCUCUUCGGAAAACAAGUCCUCUGAACUCUUUGACUUCUGAGCUUCCAGACAUGAUAGAUCUUAAAGAGCCUGAUUUGGUGCCUUCAAAGCAGCGGUCCACCCUUCGUACUGAACAAGAGCAAGAAAGCUUUGACUGUGAACAUUAUCUUGCUGAUCUCUUUGAUGACAGUUUAAUUCAAGAGGUUAUAAAUGUGAAACUCAAAGAACUCACUGGAACAGAAGGUGUUUCUACUAUUCUGUCAGAAAAGGAUCAAGAACUGUUACUACAGCUUCCUCGAAGAGAAUACAUUAUUGAUGAUUCAGUUUUGACAUCUGUUUACCUAGGUCUUGUGGAUCUUUUGUUAGCUUAUGCAUUUGAUUUUCGUCAGACAUAUGGAGAACAUAGUGUGGAAUCAGAUUGGGUGAUAUGUAAACUUAGUAGUUCAUUGUCUUGGCUGGACUCGUUCUCAGAUUUGAAAGAAGUUGUUGUCAGUUUUGGAAGAAGAUGUUUGUGUUUUCCUCUUUAUCGUAACUGGAAGCUCUUUGAAAAGGUUCUUUCAGAUGUGAAGUUGAUACUUGAUGUGGGAAAGUCACAAAUCUUGAAGUGCCUUCUUGAUAUGAAAAUGAUUCUGGCUAAAAGCGAAGCACACUUUCCACUUGUGGAAAUAUUCAUAACAGAUUACUGUGUUUGGAUUCAGAGUGCUUGUCCCAAGAGAUUGAAAUCGUUGUCAAAAGCUUUAAGUGAGAUUCAUGUAUGUAAAAAGGACAUGGGAUUUAGACUUGAGGAGAUGGAGGCAGAUGCGGCAGCGCUGAUGGCUGAGUGUGCAGAAGAUGAGGAAGAUCAAGAUACAGACCUUAAUAAACUUGCAACUGCCAUUUCCAAUGUAGUAAAAAUAACUGAUGCUGAUGAUAGUGAUGAUGAAAGCAGUGAUGAAACUAGCAGUGAAGACGAUUCUUCUUCAUCAGAAUCAGACUCUGACUCCGAGAACAACAGUCAAGACAAAAAGGAUGGAGAGUGUCCUUCACCUGAUGUUGCUGCUGUAAAAAAGGAGCAGACAUGACCACUUUUUGAUCUGAUGUCUUUUGUUUACUGUUUGGCUGGCUUUUGCUGUCAUGAUAGGUACAAAUGUAAAUGAGAUUGUUUAUACUGUUCUACCUUGUUUGGGGUGAAAAUGGGCCUUGUUUUUCAUUUUACCUUUUCUAUGGCAAUUGAGACUUUGCUUACAUGUUUACCCUUUGUCUCCAGGUAGCCAGUUAGCACUGGCCCCUGAGCUGAUGCUGUUUGGCUGAGUGGCCGUGAAUGAAAGACAAGAAUGCGAUAGUUGUAAACGGGUAGGACUGCUUAAUGUUGAAACCUGACAAAACCCAGCGAAAUCAUAAAUGGUAGGCCUGGGCAAAAUUAACCCUGGAAGCAUGCAGGCCAUAGAGAAAACAUACACGGUCCGUACACCCAUCUGCAUCUUGCACCAUCCCGCUCUAUUUGUGUAGGCCUCAUUGGAAUGAUCAUUAUUGUAGACCUGCUUGUUUGCCGACAAUCGUCUGAAAUACGACAAUCGCGACCCGACCCGCGAGCCGGCCGAUGCUAUCGCUUGGCCCACCUGUAUUAGUCAAUGUGCGAGGCCUGGCUGACUGCCAGCGCCCCCUUUUUCUCCCGUCGGCUUUGUCUGCACUUUCGUUUUCGUUCCGACGUCG